AUGAUCAGUGCCAAGAGACUUGUGCAAAUGGCAAGGAAGUGGCAAAGGAUAGCCUCCCUUGCGAGGAAGAGGGUCAUGCCGAUCCUGGCGAAAGAAAGCGAAGGAUCGUGUAGCACGCCGACGUCGGUGGCUGGCAAAGGACACUGCGUUGUGUACUCGGCUGAUGGGCUGCGGUUCGAGGUCCCGCUGGCGUACCUUGGCACAGUGGUCUUCAGCGAGCUCCUAAUGCUGUCGCGAGAAGAGUUUGGGUUCGAGAGCGAUGACGGCAAGAUCACGCUGCCCUGUGAUGCUGCUGUGAUGGAGUACGUGAUGUGUUUGCUUAGAAGAGAUGCCUCUGAAGAGGUUGUGAGAGCCUUCUUGAGCUCCAUGGCCUGGCCAUGUCACACUGUCAGCGGCGUGGCACCAUGGAACCAACGGCCAGCUGUUUGUGUAUGA